UUUGUUUGAUCGUACUAUCCACGACGAACUUUGACAUAAAUUGGGCAGGACUUAGUUGGCUGUGCGGACGAUUCACUACGCCCCCUGCCAUGCUGCUCCGUACAUGCCGAAACGCAUGACCACGGUGAAUCGUGAUAGAGCGAUUGCUGUCGCGUCUAUCUUAUCAACUCUCACAUUUUCCAUGGCCGUGGACUCCGACGGCCAAGUCAUCGAACCUAGUGAUAUCUUUACCGACUCCUUUAUUAGCUUUCCCUUACCUUUCAAAUGUAUCAUCAAGGCCCGUUCCGCUCAGGCGGAAGCGGUAAUAAAAUCCGGUGGAUUGUAACGAUGCAAUAGACUUGAGUGGUCCAGCCUGCCUACGCCAAAGUCUAUAUAACAUAUAUAACAUGAUGUACUUAUCCAGAACGAAAUUCUAAUCGAUGCGAAUAUAACUA